CACUGUUUUCACUUUCUUUUCUUCAGACUUGCUUCUGCAGGUGUGAAACUGUCUCAACUCCUGUCGCUUCCUCAGAUCUUGUUUGCUGACUUUUCCGUCCAUCUUUCCUAAUCGGUCUCCAUGGCUUCCUCUCUAGAGGACGAUCUCUCCUGUUCGGUGUGUUGUGAAGUUUAUCAGGAGCCUCAGCUGCUUCCCUGCGGUCACAGUUUCUGCUGCCGUUGUCUGGAAAAACACUGGGCUGUGAACUCUGCUCGGACCUGUGCUGUGUGUCGCCAGAAAUCUCUGCAGAAACCGGUGGCCAAUCUGGUUCUGAGGAACGCCUGUGAGUCGUUCCUGAAGGAGAAGGAGAGGAAGAGCGAUGGAGAGGUCAGAUGUUCUCAACACGGAGAGAAACUCCAGCUGUUCUGUAAGACGGAUGAACAGGCCAUAUGCCUGGAGUGUAGAAAACACUCACACAGCUCUCACCGAGUGCAGCCUCUGGCACACGCCGUACGCCAACGGAAGAGCCAAGUCAAAGUGGUGCUCCGUCCAGCCGAGAAAGCCCUGAAGGCUCUGAGGAACGGCACCACUCAGAACAGCCAGAUCACCAAAUACAUUGAAUCUCAGGCCCAGCAGGCAGAGAAGAUGAUUAAGAAAGAGUUUGAGAGAUUUCACCAGUUCCUCCAUGAAGAGGAGGAAGCCAGGAUCACUUUGCUUAAGAAAGAAGCGAAAAGGAAGAGAGACAAAGUGCAGGAAAGGAUAGAACGGGAGUUACUGUCUCUCUCUGAGAGAGUGAAAGAGGUGGAAGAAGAGAUGGAGAAUGAUGGAGCCACUUUCCUGCAGAAUUUUGACUCCAUGUUGCAGAGAGCUGAAUACACAGAGCCGGAUUCAAAGUUUGGUUCAGAAAUUCUCAUCAACAUGCCUGAACAUGUGGGGAAUCUCGGCUACAGAGUGUGGAAGAAGAUGAAGGACAUAUUUCGUUACUAUCCUGUAGUGCUGGACCCAAACACUGCUCCUGCAGACUUCUCCAUUUCAGAUGACCUGGUAUGCGUCAGAAAGACAAGCCGUGACCGCCCCAUCCCUGUACCCCAUCGAGGGAACCGAAUAGUGCUGGGAUCUGAAGGGUACACAGAUGGCAUCCACUGCUGGGACAUCGAGGUUGGAGGGAGCAAGCACUGGACCAUUGGGGUGUGUCAACGCUCAUACCAUUUGGUCCAUCCAUUGAGCCCUGAGAAUGGUUUUUGGUCUCUAACGUGCCAUAACGGGGAUUCCUAUAAGUUACUUUCCUCAAAGUCAAAUUGUUUUCGGCUAAAAAAGAAGCUCAGAAUGGUGCGGGUACAGCUGGCAUGGCAGUACUGUCUGGACUGUUUGAAGAAGAAUAUUUGGAGUCGGAGUAGGACAUUAGGCUUUCUAGAUGCUGAUGAUGGAUCCAUGAUUGCUUUCACUGUAGUGCCCCCUGAGGUGGCGCUGUUUCCAUUUCUGAUCCCAGGUGAGCGCUUUGCUCCUUUGCGUGUUGCUCCUGCCGACGUACCAUUGACUGUGGAGCAAAUAUUACCGUUUGAAGAAAAGAAAACUAAAGGCACUGUUUAUACAAUCCUUUUGGUCAUAGUUAGUUUCAUAUUUGGCAUGUUGAUGAGAAACGAGUGAAAAAGAGAGGAAAAAAAACGCAUUUCAGAAACUGUGAUUUAGCUGUUUUAAUAAUCAAAAUGAUUAAAAAUACCAAAAGGUGGAGUGAAGGAAUGUGUAAGGAACAUCUUGAUGUAGCAUCUCACAUUGAUUUACCUAUUAUUGCUGGCUUGGAAAAGUUCUUUCUAGAAAUUGUAAGCAUGGAAAAUAUGGACAGUUGAUCAGUUGAAUCUUCUGGGGUCUGAGGUCAUUCUCUUGAUUUGUUCAUAUCUUCCUAAACUCUCCUUUAAAGGCUCUUUAUAGAACAUGAUCCUCAUAAGUUUCAUAUCUGAACGCUCUGUUAUCUUCAUCACUACUUUCUAAACCUGCUGCAACAGCUGUAAAUCCUCUGACACCAUUUCACAUGAGUCUCUGAUGUGGACUGAAUGAAGAAUGAAGGGUUUCUGGUGUGACGGUCAGUCCUUAAUGAUUUCCUGAGUGUCCGUGGGUCAGUUUCACACAGAAUGUGGA